AAUUUACACCUGAAAGAGGAAAAAACCAAACCAGAUGCCAAUGGUGCUGUUGUCAAGGCAGAUGACAACAUAGAGAAGACGGAAGAUGAGGAGAAGGAGGACAGAGCUGCCCAGUCCUUGUUGAACAAGUUAAUCCGCAGUAACUUGGUUGACACAACAAAUCAAGUGGAGGUGCUGCAGAGGGAUCCCACGUCGCCUCUCUACUCCGUGAAGUCUUUUGAGGAGCUGCGACUGAAACCACAGCUCCUGCAAGGAGUCUAUGCUAUGGGCUUCAACAGACCAUCUAAGAUACAAGAGAAUGCCCUGCCCAUGAUGCUGGCUGAACCCCCACAGAAUUUGAUCGCACAAUCUCAGUCCGGUACUGGCAAGACAGCUGCCUUUGUCCUGGCCAUGCUCAGUCGUGUUGAACCCGGGAACAAGUAUCCACAGUGUUUGUGCCUUUCCCCAACAUAUGAGCUGGCACUUCAAACAGGAAAAGUGAUUGAACAGAUGGGGAAGUUUUAUCCGGAGCUGAAACUUGCGUACGCUGUCCGAGGCAAUAAAUUGGAGAGAGGUCAGAAGAUCUCGGAGCAGAUUGUAAUCGGCACACCCGGCACUGUGCUGGAUUGGUGUUCUAAACUGAAAUUCAUAGAUCCUAAGAAAAUUAAAGUGUUUGUUUUGGAUGAGGCUGAUGUGAUGAUAGCAACCCAGGGCCAUCAGGACCAGAGCAUCCGCAUUCAGAGAAUGCUCCCCAGGGAUUGCCAGAUGCUUCUGUUUUCGGCCACUUUUGAAGAUUCUGUGUGGAAGUUUGCUCAAAAAGUUGUUCCUGACCCAAACAUUAUCAAACUGAAGCGAGAGGAGGAGACACUGGACACUAUUAAGCAGUAUUACGUUCUGUGCAAUAACAGAGACGAGAAGUUCCAGGCUCUCUGUAAUAUCUACGGUGCCAUCACCAUUGCCCAGGCCAUGAUCUUCUGCCACACUCGGAAGACAGCUGGCUGGCUGGCAGCUGAGCUCUCAAAGGAAGGUCAUCAGGUGGCAUUGCUCAGUGGGGAGAUGAUGGUGGAACAGAGAGCUGCCGUCAUCGAGCGCUUCCGAGAGGGCAAAGAAAAGGUGCUGGUGACCACAAACGUCUGUGCCAGAGGGAUCGAUGUAGAGCAGGUCUCUGUUGUCAUCAAUUUUGACCUUCCCGUGGAUAAAGAUGGAAAUCCAGAUAAUGAGACUUAUCUGCACCGGAUUGGACGUACAGGGCGCUUUGGCAAACGAGGACUGGCUAUUAACAUGGUGGACAGCAAACACAGCAUGAAUAUUCUCAACAGAAUCCAGGAACAUUUCAACAAAAAGAUAAACAAAUUGGAUACUGAUGACUUGGAUGAAAUUGAGAAGAUAACUAACUGAAGUACAGCUGCUGGAACUGGUGUGUACCCUGCUGUGGAAGCUCUCCCACUACAAUUGGAUCAGCGUUCAGAUUGGCACGCCUCUCAGCUUGUCCCGAAAAGGACUCUUUAAGAUAUGAGUACACAAAAAUUACCUCAUUUUAAAAAUUGCAGUUGGACUUCAAAUUGUGCAACUAAUGGGGAGGAAGAGGAAAUGUUUACAGAAGCUUUUAACAUUUCUUAGUUUAGCCUUAAAACGGGGAAAAAAAAAAUCUUUUGGAAUUCUAAGAAAUACACUUGCCAAAAAAAUGGGCAAAAUGUAAUUAUCUAAAACAAAUUGAAAAAAAAAAAGCUUUAUUGCCUUUAAUUGGAAUCAAGUUCAGCGUUAACCUAAUCAGUUAAAAUUCAACAGUCAAAUAUAUAAUGGACAUAAGAAAA